CUUUUCCUUGAAAAAAUGCUUUUCUUUGAAAAGCAAUGAAGAACGAGCUUCGUUUGGUAACAAAUUCUCAGAAGCUGAGAAGUGUUUUUGGGCAGACGGAGAAGUAAAAAUUUUUAACUUUUCAGCCAAGAAGUGCUUUUGGCUGGUUCAUUUACUUUUUUAGCCACACACGAACGCCCUUAUCUGCUCUCUGCUGCUUCUUUGCCCUCAUCUCUGCCCUCUGCUGGUUCUGUGUUCUGCCCUUUGCUGGUUCUUUGUUUCUCUGCCCUUUACCGCUGCACCAAACAGUAAAUGCUGUUGUGGAGAUUGUGAAAGAACAUUACUUGGGUUAUUGCAACUGUUAUGGCUCUUCCAAGUCCUGAAACGUCAGGAAGGUUGCUUUUGCUCCUUAAUUCGAUUGGUGAGGUCACUGAGACAUCCAGUUCAAAAUGGGCCAAAAAGAAGUCUAGUUAUAAUGUGGGAUCGUUGGUUCCAUCAGAGGUUACUGAAAUAAUGCCCCUUGAGUUGAGAUUGAAAUUUGGAAUUGGUUUCUGUGGACGGGUUCAUAUAACAGAGGAUUUGUCUAUUAAACCCGCCAUGCUUGCUGAAGCGCAAAAGAGAAGCUUCCAAGGCCUUGGAGCUGCACCAAACAGUAAAUGCUGUUGUGGAGAUUGUGAAAGAACAUUACUUGGUAUGUAGGCAAUGCUGAUUUUGUUGGUCUAUUCAAAAUAUGUUCAACAUCUGAGUGGGCUGAAAUUUGCUUUUCUGUUUCUCUUGUACUUUUUUACAUCAUGGUAUGUACUAGUUUUAUUACUAUAGGUCUGAUUCUGUUUAAAGAUUUUAGUUGAACCUUUAAAUGAAAUGCAAUACACGCUAAACUGUUCAAUUGAAA